ACUCACUCACUCACUCUGACUCCUUACCGUACCAAAACAUCCAACACGACACGACACCACAACGUUCACUGUGGUACCGACACAACAACCCAAGCACCAACCACAGUUUCUUGUCGUUUUUCCUUUUGUCUCUGCAAUUUGUUCCCUUUCCGUUUCUCAAUUUCUCGCCCGUUUCAAAUUCUAGGUUGUUCAUCUUCUUUGUGUAGCUAGUUUCGACAAUGGAAGCUGCUGACACCGGUUCCGCAGUGGUCAAAACGACGACGAAUCGAGCUGACCCGGGGAAGCAGAGUUUCAGAACGGAGAUUGAUACUUCAGCGCCUUUUGAAUCGGUGAAGGAGGCUGUUACCAUGUUCGGAGGUGUUGGUUACUGGAAACCCAGUUCCAAUGUGAUUACAUGUGUGGGUUCUAAUUCUAAGCAGCACCGCAUAGAAGAGCUUGAUGGGGAAAAACUGGAGGAGCAAGCAGCGGCAAUGGAGAAAGAACUGAUACUGAAAGAAAGGGAAACUCUUGACGUGUUGAAAGAAUUGGAAAGUACCAAAAGGCUUGUUGAAGACUUGAAAUUAAAGCUACAAAAGGAAGAAUCUGAAUUGAGCUUGAAUCUUCAAAUGAAUGUAAGUGACCAAAGAUCAAUUGCGGAGGAGAAAGAAGAAAAGGAAAACCAAGAGAGUCAGUUGGAUGUUCUUCAACAUUCAAAGGAAGGUUUUAUCCCUAACCAUUCAAUGCUUUCAUCUGCUCCAGGCUUAAUACUAAUGGAAUUGAAUCAGGCCAAGUUGAAUCUAACCAAAACUACUAAUGAUCUUGCUGACGUACGAGCUGCUGUUGAAUCACUCAAUAAGAAGUUAGAGAUGGAAAGAAUCUCACUUGAGAAAACCCGUGAGAGGUUGACUCAAAAUUCAUCAAAAAUUUCUACUCUUGAGGAAGAGCUCAACCAUACCAGGUUAAGACUGGAAGUGGUCAAAGGUGCUGAAAUGAAAUGCGCUUCAGGUGAUCCUUCAGAUAUUACAAGAGAGAUUCAGCGAUUGAGUUCUCAGGCGGAGCAUUUCAGAAAAAUGGGAGAAUCUGCAAAAUCAGAAGUCUUGAGAACGUUGUCGGAAAUUGAACAGACAAAAACCAUGAUAAGAACUGCAGAAAUCCGGUCGGUCGCGGCCAGGAAAAUGAAGGAAGCUGCUAGAGCAGCAGAAGCUGCUGCCCUGGCCGAAAUCAAUGCUUUAUCCCACCAUGAGAGUUCACCCCGUGAGGAAAUUACUCUUUCAUUCGAAGAGUAUACUGCUCUGACCCGCAAAGCUCGAGAAGCAGAGGAACAAUCCAACAAGAGAGUUGCGGAUGCUAUGCUUGAAGUUGACAAAGCAAAUUUGUCAAAAGUGGAAAUUUUGAAAAGGGUAGAGGAAGCCGCGGAAGAAGUUAAAACCAGCAAGAAGGCCCUCGAUGAAGUGCUCGAGAGGGUUGAGGCUGCAGAUAGAGGGAAGCUAGAAGUCGAAGAGGUGAUGAGAAAGUGGCGGUCGGAGGGUAACAAAAGGCGUUCUUCCGUAAAUAACGCUGCCAAGUUCAAAAACACCGGUCCAUCUCAGCACAGGAGAGAUUCUAGAUUACUCGAUGUAAAUGGAGUGAAUCUGAUGAAUGAUGAAGCCAAGCCAGUUCUUAAGCCAACCUUGUCAAUAGGACAAAUACUGAGCAAGAAGCUGCUAUUGCCGCAAGAGUUUGAAGCCGGGACAAUGCACGGAGAAAGAGUCUCAGUGAAAAGGAAGGUGUCGCUGGGUCAGAUGCUUGGAAAGCAAAAUGAUGAUGACAAUUCGUCAUUUGAUAGGCAAGUUGAGAAGGAAAAUGGGCAGAAGCAGUUUUCUGUUAAGAGGAAGAAAUUUGGAUUUGCAAGAUUCUCACUUUUUUUGACAAAACAGCAGAAGAAAAGUAAGAAGCCUACGUUGAGUUUGAGGUGAUAGAUUGCACUGUCAAAUUGCUCUUCCAUAUUAAUUUGCAGUCCUUGGUUGUAUAUUAACUAUCUAGUUAUGCCUUUUAUUUAUAUGAAUUCUUAACCUCUUGAAAGCUAGUGUUAUGAUUUUCA